AUGUCGUUACCUCCCCCCUCUGAGAGAGCAGAAUACCUGAUCAAGUCGCUGGAGGAUCACGGUCAAGGCGACUACAUCGGCGAAUCAAUCAACCAACUAGAGCACUGCCUUCAAGCAGCACACCAGGCGCAGAAGUCAGGGGCACGAUCCGAACUUAUCCUGGCCGCUCUCCUGCAUGACAUCGGACAGAUAAUCCCACUGGCCGCAACGAAGGAGGCCCGCAUGACAUUAAAGGACAGCAGCGCCGAGAAUGUGGGACGAAUUGGUCAUGAAUCAAUUGGCGCCGAAUUUCUGAGAUCGCUCGGGUUUGGCGAGAAUGUUUGUCGGCUGGUCGGGAGUCAUGUUGACGCGAAGCGAUACCUUACAGCGGUGAGCGGCGACUACAUGGACACACUCUCGUCAGCAUCGAAAAAGUCAUUACAGUUCCAGGGUGGUCCGUUUAGAGGAGAGGAACUCGAGCGGUUCAGAAAUGACCCAUUAAGGGACGAGAUGGUGGCGUUGAGACUCUGGGAUGAUGCCGCAAAGGUGCCUGAUAUCAAGGAAACGACACCAAGAGCUAGGGAGUAUUUGAGCCUGGUAGUAGACCAUCUGGAGAAGCAAGAAGGCGUGGAGGUGUAG